AGUCAUCCCCAGCUUCCUUUGGGAGACACAGAGAAGAGCGAACCGGCCUUGUUGAAGGAUUCUCCCUCGGGCUCGGUGAGGUCGCUUGUCCUAAAGAGUCCUUGUGGUUGCUGACAGAAGGCUGUCUGGAAUUGAUCUUUGCAGAAAACAGAUCGCCUGGGAACAGCUCGCUUCGCCAAGGCGAUUUUGCCAGCGCUGGAGAAUUACCUGGUGUCAUUGACCUGGUGGGUCAUUGAUACCUGCCGUCUUCUUGAAGACGGUGUCUCUUGACUCUGCCUCCUCCACGUUUUUGUCGCGGAUGGGUCAGGACGGCACCGAUUAGCGCGUCUCCUCCUCUUGCCCACGUUCCACUCUGUACGGCGGUUGCCGAGAUGUCCGCCACCAAAGUGCCCAUCUAUCUCAAGAGGGGAAGCCGGAGAGGGAAAAAGGAAAAACUCCGCGACAUCCUCUCUUCCGACAUGAUCAGCCCGCCCCUGGGAGACUUCCGGCACACCAUCCACAUCGGGAGCGGCGGCGAGAACGACAUGUUUGGCGACAUUUCUUUCCUCCAAGGGAAAUUCCACCUCCUGCCGCGGUCGGAGAGCAGUCUGGGUCCCGAAGAGAACGACCGCUACGUGGUGCCUUUCGAGUUCUCGCGGACGGCCACCAUCUCGGGGUACGACCCACCCCCUCUGGACAUCCCGUCUCCCCUUCUGAAGAACGCCAUCUCCCUCCCGGUCAUCGGCGGCCUGCAGGCGCUAACUUUGCCAGCGGCUCAAGCCCCACCAAAACCGCCCCGUCUCCACCUUGACGACAAGGGGCCGGCGGUUCCACGGAGGCCGGACCCGCCGAAAGAGGGGAGGACUUCGGAGUCCGAGGCCGGACCCCCGGAGGCCCCUCUGAACGGGCUGGGAGUGGGAGACAAAGAGGACGAGGCCGCCAUCUCCCACGCCGGCUCUCUGCUCUCCCUCCACAUGGACUUGGGCCCCUCAAUCUUGGACGACGUUCUCCAGGUGAUGGACAGGCAUCAGAUGGGGGACAGGAGCGCUCCCUUCCAGGAUUCCAGCAGGCAGCAGAUCCCAACGUGACGAGGAGGUUAUUAGACAGAACGGACGCGGGGCGUUUGGAAGCACAAGUGUUUUGUAAAUAAGAGUGUGCUCCUGUUAAACUGGGCCAGCUGGAUGCCCUGUGCAUGUGUGUGUGAGAGAGACACACACGCAUGCGCAGAGCGAGAGAGACAGAUGCCUGAAUGCUGCUUGACUAAUAAAUAUAUUUCCUCCUCCUAUACAAAGA